GUGCCUCGUGUCGGAUUGCAGUCAGGUAGCAGGUAUAUUACUUUUGAGGCACCAUGCACGCCGCCUGUUGGACAAACAUGUAAGCCUAUACCCCCAAUCAGGAAGCAAACCAUCUCUAAGCGAACGCGGCACACUUGCAUGUCAGCAUGUGCGAAUUAUUUAAGACUAUCAUGUCUCUCAUUCUGGUGCCCCGGUGAUCUCGUUCGUGUCAUUUACGUUACUUAGACAGUAGCCUCUGCGAUGCUCACCUCACGCGCGGCCUCCUUUACUGCCCGCCACCACUCAGCACAUCUCAAAGUUGCUAUCCUGUGCCACCCCAAGACACGUCUCUUCCACGCAACCUGUUCAGUAAAAUCCAGCCGAGAGCAUGACGUAAUAGUCGUCGGUGCCGGUAUCGCCGGUGUCUGCACAAGCAUCGCAGCCGCAGAAAAAGGCGCCAGAGUACUUCUCCUAGACGAUGCACACGGCGGCGGAGCAUCCGCGCUCUCAGGGGGCGUAGUCUACGCAGGCGGGGGAACCCGACAACAAAAAGAAGUCGGAUACGGCCACGAUACCCCGGAAAAUAUGCUAGCGUAUCUCAAGGAGGAAACGGGAGACGCAGUCGACGAGAAGACUCUGCGGCGUUUCUGCGAUGAGAGCGUGGCGCGGCUCGAGUGGCUCGAGAAGCAUGGCGCACAGUUCGAGGCGUCCUUGUGUCCUUACAAGACCAGCUACCCGACAAAUAAGCAUUAUCUCUACUUCUCUGGCAAUGAGAAAUCGUAUCCUUUCAACAAGCUGUCUACCCCGGCGCCGAGAGGGCAUCGGAUGGUGCAGCCUGGGUUCUCUGGCUCUGCGCUGUGGCAGGCGCUCUUUGACUCGGCUAUACGUCUGGGAGUGGAUUUCAAGCCAGCGUCCAAGGUUCAGCGGGUUCUCUUCAACGAAAAGAAGGACAAAGUCAGCGGAGUUGAGAUCAAGACGUUGCCGGAUACCAACUCGCUGUUCCAGAAGCACGAGAGUCUUACGCAAAAGACGAAGAGAUUCCAACUCAUGGCGUCGCAACUCGCCGACGUCUAUCACCGGAAGGCAGACAAAAUCUGGCAAGAACAGUCCAUAUCGCAAACUAUACACAGUGGAGCGGUGGUUCUGAGUGCCGGAGGCUUCGCUUUCAACCCUGAGAUGAGGCAGAAACACCUCCCCGAGUUCUCCAAGGUCGCUCCGCUCGGCACCAAUGGCGAUGACGGAUCGGGCAUCAAGAUCGGAGAGGCGGCAGGGGGUUCAGUUUCAAGCAUGAACAAUAUGUCUGCGUGGCGGUUCUUGUAUCCCCCAACAGCUCUGCUCGAGGGUGUCGUCGUAUCUCAAGCCGGAGAGCGCAUGGGCGCGGAGGAUGUCUAUGGGGCUGCACUCAGUGACACCAUGAUACGUCAACAUGGUGGGAAGGGCUUCUUGAUCCUCGACUCGAAUCAAUGGGCGAAAGCAAAGAAACAAGUCUUCCAGCAAACCAAUAUGCCUCUUCUCAUUCAGAGGCUGCAUUGGCUCUACUGGGGCUACAAAAAAGCUGGCUCUCUGGCAGCGCUCGCCAGCAAGUUUGGUAUCUCGGCCGAUGGUCUGGGGUCGACAGUUCAGAUCUACAACGAUGCGAUCGCUAGCGGAAAGCAGGAUCCGAUGCACAAGGAAGCAGACUACUGCAGUCCGGUGGUAAAGGCUCCAUUCUUUGGUCUUGAUAUAUCUUGUCGCACCGAGGGAAUCCAAGCUGUUAAUGGACUGACGCUGGGUGGGCUGCGUGUGGAUGGCGAGACUGGGCUAGUCCUGACCGAAGACGGUGGCAAAAUCAACGGGCUGUAUGCUGCCGGGCGAAGUGCUGUGGGGGUUUGCGCCAACGGCUAUGUGAGCGGCCUUUCCCUUGCCGACGGCGUGUUUUCGGGGAAAAGAGCUGGCGAACAUGCUGCUCAACAGCCUUCUGGCAGAUAGCGACUAGCUUGGGCCGGUUCUAUCAGCCCUGAUGGCAAGAGGAUCUGGAGCAAAUGGAAAGAAAUGAAAGAACUCGGGCCAGCUACGAACCAUCGAGCCAUGUCCACCGGUGUCAUGCUGGCCUGAGGAUUGGGAAGUGGAAAGUCAAACAAGUAAGCAACCGACGCAGUAACAAAGAAGAGAACCC